AUGAGCCUGCCGUUAACGCCUGAAAGAGAGGCAGAAAUCGGGCAGGUUGACAGAUAUGAGUCAGCUACGCAAUUGCAUUCGAUUUUGAGAAAACCGAAUCUCGAGCUGGAUCGCUUGUCUCCCAGUCCCCCGGUUCUGACACCGUCGCAAAACCAAAAGUCUGUGUCGCCAAAAUCGCAGGUACGAUUUUCGAUCCCAGAUUCCAGUGGUCUGCAGCACGACGGUUCGAUGGAUGAAAGAGGCGCGACACUACCGUCUCCUUCUAAGAUUGUGUUCCCCAAAGAUGCAGACGAACUCGAAGAUGGCAGAGGUCUGCGGGCUGGCGAUGGCAUGACCAAUCGUGGACAUUUUGUGGAUAUGCACUCUCGGGUGAUGUUAGAUGUCCCUGAAGACAUCUGGAACUUCCACACGGCUAGGAAAGAGCAGCACAGAAGGAAAUCCCUGCAGUCUGGCACAGAGCAGCGACAGUCGCACAGGUCACACAGUCGAGGCUCAUCUUUGCAAGCUAUUAUCGUGGAAACGAUGGACUCGAUAUCGGAUGAACGCGGCAGCCGCUUAGCACCUACGGUCUUGGGGAGACCGGAACUGUUUUUAAGCCCGGAGUCCCCUUUGAACAGCUACAACAUGCCUGUUCCUCUGGAGAUUUCGCUACCGCCAUACUUGUCCCCUCUGAACAAGGAGAAAAAGAGGGCGAGUGUUGUUUUCGAUGGCGAAGGCUACAGCCGGUUUAAAGAACUAUCGUCGCCAAGUUCUGACGACAGCGGCUCCAUACGAUCCGCAGAGCAUGAUUUUUCUUUCAGCAUCAGCCAUAGAGAUGACUCAGAUGUCGAUAAAGCACUGGGUCUCGAUGAACAUGCGAAUGUUAACUUAAAAAUCCAGAAUAAAAACUUGAGGAAACAAAAAAUGUCGCCGCCCCCUCCAUUCGCAGAAAAUCAACCCUCUCCCUCGCUACAAGUAUUGUCAACCCCCCUCAAACAAAUUCACAUUCCAGACCUGGAGAAGGAAUCACAACUUAGAAGCGCUAAUGGGACCUUGAAGUUUUUUGAUGAAUUUGAACCUUCACCACAACUCACAAUAGCCACACAAGAGAAUAAACAAAUACCUAGCCCUGAAAGGCGAGUAGACCAAUUGGAUUUGAACUUCAGCUUUCCAAAUGCUCGAGAUUCGGAUUUUGAAAGGGUUGAUCCAUCACCAACUUCGACAGAGUUCGAAAACAGAAGAAGAAGUCUGCAGCGUGAUUCAGCACUUCGAAUCGAAGGUCACAGACAUAGAAGAAGCAAAAGCAUACAUAAUACCGAAGAUAUGUUUGCGGCAACGUCAACUCCGCCAAGGAUACCCAGCAGAUCGCCACUGCGACCCAAAUCCCCGAAAAGCGACAAAGCAACGGAAUGCUCAAGUGGUCAGACCGAUACAAGAGGGAUGUCCUCACUUUAUGAGGAAAAUGACCAGGCUAUCGAUGACACCUUGCACAACCCAGCGGAAGUUAGCCAUCAAAGUGAUUUGGAGGCCGGAAAUCAAACAGAAGAAAGUAUGAGAAUAAUUUUAGAAAGAAAGGUAAACGUCCAAGAUGGGACCAAACAGACAUCCAGUGAUCAUGCGGCCAAAAAUCAUCUUACUUCCAUGCAUUCCUUUCCCGAGCCUGUUCGUCCACCUGGGGAUGCCGAACUACAAUCUUUGGGGAACGUGUCAAUUAAUCUACUGUCACCUAGAAGAAGCCUAUCAAAUGUCGGUAGUCAAUCAUCGCACAACUCAGAGUUCUCACGGCAAAGUCCAGGCAGUACCGCUACGUCACAGCCGUCAGAGCCUUAUGCAUAUAUUCCAUUUCUUAACACAGUCAAAAACCACAACUAUCCACAGCACACGAAAGCAAGAGGAGAUGAAAAGAAUCACGGUUUCCACAGCAUUUACGAAGUUCGAAAUGGAAAGAAGGUUGAGGUUCUCGUCCUUGAUGAAGAUAGUUCAAAGGAUGAGACAGAAACACUUUCCACUACAGCAGAAGACAAAAUUUCAUCUAAUCAGCAGAGGAAAUCAGUCUCCUACGAAGAAGCUAUCAAAAAUUAUGCCAAGAUUCUACAAAUGUGUGAGCACACAGCGUCUGAGGCAAAAAGCGUUAUCUUGCAGCUUAUUGAAGAAGCUUCAUUAAAUUCUAAAAACGCUUAUCGUCCUCCACCUUUAGCUUAUACGAGUGCACCACAGGUAGCCGAAUCAAAAAACUUGGGUAGAACACAACAGCGCAAGCAGCCCUAG